AUGGUUUUGGUGUUCGUAGGGAUUUUAGGCCAAUUACAUCUCUGCACUUGGGUUUUAUUAUAUUAUUUAUUAUUGCUUUUGAAUGUUUGGCAUCGAUAAAUUAAAGGGUCUGAUGCGAUGGAGUGAUUAAAGACAGAUUAUUUGGAAUUGGGUCAUAAAAAACGCCUUUUAAUCUCACGUAGGGGAAUUUUUGACAUAUGGACUGAGAUUCAACAUCAGCUCUCGAGGUACGAAAUUGUUUUUAUUAAUUUUGUUCUAGAUGAUGACAAAGAAGUUGGUUUCGGGUUUGAAAUUUAGGAGCAAUAUGAGCUCCCUUGUUGUUUUCAGAAGUUUGGUUCUGAUGGGUGUCAAUUGUUGAAAAAAGCUAAAGCCUUGGCCUUUUGAGGUUUUUGGUGCUGUUGGGAUUGUUUGCUUUUUGGAUUUUUUUUUGGGGUUUUGGUGUAAAGAUAUGGCUUACUAGGAAUUGUAUAUGAGCCUAUCAUAAUGCCCGGAGCUGUGGGGUUGUUUUUACAUGGAAAUUGCUCACAAGUCAUUGUGUCAGCUGGUUGGCAUGGUGAAGUCAUGGAUCUCUGGACGAUCUGAGCCGACUAAUGUGUCAAGGGACUUUUGGAUGCCUGAUGAAAGCUGUAGAGUAUGCUACGAGUGUGAUACACAAUUUACAUUGUUCAAUCGAAGACACCAUUGUCGACUUUGCGGUCGAGUUUUCUGUGGCAAGUGUACAGAAAACUCGAUUCCUGUCCCAUCUGGUUAUCCAACGACAUCCCUGGAAGAGCAGGAGAGAAUCCGAGUGUGUAAUUAUUGUUACAAGCAAUGGGAGCAGGGUAUGGUUACCCUUGAUAAUGGGAUCCAGAGACCCAAUCUGGGACUUAGUACAUCACAAUCAGGAUUAAGUCUAGGCAGCACUAGAUCAAGUGAAACCGGUAAUAGUAGUAUCAAUACUCUUGGCUCGAUGCCGUACUCAUUUGGACCGUAUCAGCAAGCUCAACAUUGUUCUGGUCUCAGCUCUCUACCAACAUCUUUAGUGCAAACAAACACAGACGGGAUAAGCAACGUGGAACAAGGAAGGAGUAGUGAACUUUGCGACGAUUUAGGGGAUCUACCUUCAGAUCAACAGAGAAUUUCAAUGAUCAGGAGUGAGGAUGAGGAUUAUGAGUACGACAUAUAUAGGAUGGAUUCUGAAGCCAUGCAUUAUCCUUCUGUCAAUGACUACUACAAUCAAGUUGGGUUUGAAGCCAUGAACAACGAUGAUGGACUACAUAAGGUGCAUCCUGACAGCGAGAACAUCGAUUCAAUGAGUUUGAGCUGCUCCCCAUUAGAAAACCAAAAUUUUGAACCACAGGACUUGGAAAAUAUUUUACAGCUGGAGAAAAAAGAAGACGAACUUGAUAUGGGCGAUGAAGGCGAAGCAUCUUCCUCGCUGUAUGUUGCUGGGGGUGAUGUUGAUGCUGAACCUGUAGAUUUUGAGAACAAUGGACUCCUCUGGCUCCCCCCUGAACCAGAGGAUGAAGAAGAUGAAAAGGAAACUGGUCUGUUUGAUGAUGACGAUGAUGAUGAUGGCGAUGAUGGCAAUGCUACAGGAGAGUGGGGAUAUUUACGCUCAAGUAGUUUCGGAAGUGGGGAGUCUCGCAAUAGGGAUCGCUCAAAUGAAGAGCAUAAGAAGGCCAUGAAGAAUGUGGUUGAUGGGCAUUUCAGGGCUCUGGUCGCUCAGCUAUUGCAGGUAGAGAACCUUCCUAUAGGUGAGGAAGAUGACAGAGAGAGUUGGUUGGAGAUCAUUACAUCUCUAUCUUGGGAGGCUGCUACGCUAUUAAAGCCAGAUAUGAGUAAAGGAGGCGGGAUGGACCCGGGGGGAUACGUCAAAGUAAAAUGUAUAGCUUCUGGACAUCGCCGUGAGAGUAUGGUGAUCAAAGGAGUUGUUUGUAAGAAAAAUGUGGCUCACAGGCGAAUGACUUCAAAAGUAAAAAAAGCCCGUAUCUUGAUCCUUGGUGGGGCUCUUGAGUACCAGCGGGUUUCUAACCACCUGUCAAGUUUUGACACUCUUUUACAGCAGGAAAUGGACCACUUAAAGAUGGCAGUGGCAAAGAUAGAUGCUCACCUGCCUGAUGUUCUUCUAGUGGAGAAAUCAGUAUCUAGAUUUGCUCAGGAGUACCUUCUUGCAAAGGACAUAUCACUUGUUCUUAAUAUAAAGAAGCCACUUUUAGAGAGGAUAGCUCGUUGCACAGGUGCUCAGAUAGUUUCUUCCAUUGAUCAUCUCUCAUCACAGAAAUUGGGCUCCUGUGAAGCAUUUCAUGUUGAGAGGUUUCUGGAAGACCUAGGCACUGCGGGGCAGGGUGGGAAAAAGUUGGUUAAGACGCUGAUGUUUUUUGAAGGCUGCCCUAAGCCUUUGGGUUGUACGAUUCUACUACGAGGCGCUAAUGGUGAUGAGUUGAAAAAAGUUAAGCAUGUCAUCCAGUAUGGAAUAUUUGCAGCCUAUCACUUGGCUUUGGAGACGUCUUUUCUUGCUGACGAAGGAGCAACCCUGCCUGAAUUCUCAUUGAAUUCUCCAAUUACUGUGACACUGCCAGAUAAAUCAACAAUCAUGGAGAGGUCCAUCUCAACUGUACCUUUUUCUAAUGUCAGUGUUGGUGCAAAGUCUGUGGCACAUCAUAGAUCCAACAGUGUGCCUGCAUCAGAUCUUUCCUCAUAUAUCAGCACUGCACAGUCUAUGCCCCCUAAUUUAUGUAGUUCUAUACCCAUUUAUUGCACAAGUUUGACCAAUUCUGCAAUUUCUUCCUCAUCUGCGCUGACUGGGACAGCAGUUGCAGAUAGUAAUCCCAAGAAUCUUUCUCCUCUUUAUACGUUUGGAGAGAAAACUGAAACAUAUUUUAUAGAACCACAGGUGUUGGAACCUUCAGCAGUCAACAACAGCCUCACUUUGAUGCACAAUCAUCCCACUGUGAGUGAUGUGAGCUCUUUUGAUGCCUUUGGUCAAAGCAAGCUGUCCAAUGACAAAAAUGUGGUAACCGACAGUCAGGCAGGGAGUCUGGAGAUACCAUCCUUGGAACAAGAUGGAAGAAACCAUUUAGAGGAGCCAGGACUUUUGAAAGAUGAUUUAGAACCAAUAAAGGAAGAGUUCGCUGCCUCACCUUCUGAGCAUCAGAGUAUUUUGGUGUCUUUAUCGUCCCGGUGCAUUUGGAAGGGAACUGUAUGUGAGAGGUCCCAUCUACUUCGAAUAAAAUACUAUGGAAACUGUGAUAAGCCUCUGGGUAGGUUUCUCCGUGACCAUUUAUUUGAUCAGAGUUACCAGUGCCAGUCUUGUGAUAUGCCAUCAGAAGCACAUGUUCAAUGUUAUACUCAUCGGCAGGGCACCCUAACUAUAUCUGUCAAGAAGCUAUCAGAAAUAUUAUUGCCAGGUGAGAAGGAAGGGAAGAUCUGGAUGUGGCAUAGAUGCUUACGUUGUCCAAGGAUCAAUGGCUUUCCUCCAGCAACUAGGAGAAUAGUAAUGUCUGAUGCUGCCUGGGGUUUAUCAUUUGGAAAAUUUUUGGAGCUUAGUUUUUCAAAUCACGCAGCUGCAAGCAGGGUGGCGAGCUGUGGCCAUUCUUUACAUAGAGAUUGUCUCCGAUUCUAUGGUUUUGGAAAAAUGGUUGCAUGCUUCCGCUAUGCAUCAAUCAACGUCCUUUCUGUCUAUCUUCCACCCCAAAAAUUGGAUUUCAAUUAUGAGAAUCAGGAGUGGAUUCAGAAAGAAACAGAUAAGGCUGUUGAUCGAGCUGAGCUUCUCUUUUCUGAAGUUCUUAAUGCUCUAAGUCAAAUAGCAGAGAAAAGAUCUGGCCCAGGAAUGCUUGGUGGUGGCGUAAGAAUACCUGAAUCAAGACGUCAAACUAUAGAAAUGGAAGGAAUUCUACAAAAGGAAAAGGAAGAGUUUGAGGAAUCUCUCCUAAAAACUUUAAACAAGGAAGUGAAAAAGGGCCAUCCUCCUAUUGACAUCCUUGAGAUCAAUCGGCUGCGAAGGCAGUUGCUUUUUCAGUCUUUUGUGUGGGACAACCGCCUGGUUUAUGCAGCCAGCUUGGAUGGUAAUGGCCUCAAAGAUGGUCUGAGCCGUUCAAUUUCUGAACAUGAGGGGAAAAUUAUUGCUAGUGGUGAAAAAAUUGCUGACAUGAAUGUGACCGUUAAGUCAGGAAAAGGCUAUAAUAGCUGUGAUUCCUUUCUUGUGGAAGAAAAAUGUAGCAAGACCUUGGAUUAUCCUGUAGGAUUUAGUAGCAAUGCUGAUCAACCCAACUUGGUUCAUCAAGAAUUAAGUAAUGAAAGAGAAGACAAAUCCAAUCUUUCUCCUUCCUCAAACCUCCGUCAUCAAGAACCAAGUAAUGAAAGAGAAGACAAAGCCAAUUCUCGUAGGACUCUUUCAGAAGGAGAAUUUUCUAUCAAAACAAAUUUGUCAGAUACCCUUGAUGCUGCAUGGAUAGGUGAAGCUAACACAGGAGUUGAAAUCCCAAAGGGUAUUAUCUCUGCACUGUCUGAUUUAGCUGCUGCUGCUGCAGCAGCAGAUUCUUCAGUCACCUCUGCAGUUCCCGAACGAGCAAACUUAGACCAUGCAGAGGACCCGGAUCAGCCCAAGUUGACUUACUCUUUUUCACCAGUUUCAUCGAUGAAGGGCCCAGAGAACAUGGAAGACUCAGGUGGCUGGUUAAGAAUGCCCUUCUUAAACUUCUACCGAUCAUUGAACAAGAACUUUUUUGCUAGUGCUCAAAAACUGAACACAAUGGGUGAGUAUACCCCAGUCUAUGUUUCCUCCUUUCGUGAGUCAGAACUCCAAGGAGGGGCCAGGCUGCUUCUCCCUCUUGGUGUUAAUGAUGUUAUUAUUCCAGUAUAUGAUGAUGAGCCCUCAAGUAUUAUAUCUUAUGCAUUAGCAUCACGACAAUAUCAAUACCAAGUGAGUGAUGAGGGAGAAAGACAGAAGGAAAUUGGGGAGUUUAUGUCUUCAUCACUCUCUGACUCAAUGAAUUAUCAGUCAUUCCAUUCUUCUGAUGAUACAGCAUCUGAAUCUUAUAGAAGCUUUGGAUCUGCUGAGGAAGGCAUUUUGUCUGGUUCUCGUGGUUUGGAUCCACUCUCAUAUACAAAGGCUUUGCAUGCCAGAGUUUCUUUUGGAGAAGAUGGCCCACUUGGUAAUGUCAAAUACUCUGUGACUUGUUACUAUGCAAGGCGUUUUGAUGCCUUACGGAGGAUUUGUUGUCCAUCUGAGCUUGAUUAUAUAAGGUCUCUUAGUCGUUGUAAGAAGUGGGGGGCCCAAGGUGGCAAAAGCAACGUCUUCUUCGCGAAAACCUUAGAUGACAGAUUUAUUAUCAAACAAGUCACAAAGACAGAACUUGAAUCCUUUCUAAAGUUUGCUCCUCAUUAUUUCAAGUACCUAUCUGAUGCAAUCAGCACAAGAAGUCCAACAUGCCUGGCUAAGAUUGUGGGGAUAUAUCAGGUUACUUCAAAGCAUGUUAAAGGAGUUGGGAAAGAAUCAAAGAUGGAUGUUCUGGUCAUGGAGAAUCUUUUGUUUAGAAGGAAUGUGACAAGGCUUUAUGAUCUAAAAGGAUCUGCUCGGUCAAGAUAUAAUGCUGAUUCUAGCGGGAGAAACAAAGUUCUGUUGGAUCAAAACUUGAUUGAAGCAAUGCCGACGUCUCCCAUAUUUGUAGGAACCAAGGCUAAACGUUUGCUAGAGAGAGCUGUCUGGAACGACACUUCUUUUCUUGCAUCUGUUGAUGUAAUGGAUUACUCACUACUGGUUGGUCUGGAUGAAGAGAAACAUGAGUUAGUUCUUGGGAUCAUUGAUUUUAUGAGGCAGUAUACAUGGGAUAAGCACCUUGAAACAUGGGUGAAGACAACGGGCAUUCUUGGAGGACCAAAAAAUGAAUCUCCAACAGUUAUUUCACCCAAACAAUACAAGAAGAGAUUCAGAAAAGCCAUGACAGCCUAUUUUCUUAUGGUCCCAGAUCAGUGGUUUAAUGCAUCUCUCGUUCAGAGUAAAUCUCAGUCUGACUUGUGUGAGGAGAACUCGCAAGGUGGGAUAUGAGAUGAAUGAUAUGAUGCUACGACUGUACAUUCAAUAAUUUGUUCCAGGAUUAGAUCCAUCUCUACAUGGUUUUUUCCUCCAAUUUUUUUUUUAAUCUUUUUUCGUAUUUGGUAUACCAAUUCUUUUUAUAUAGUAGUCUCAUAUGUAUUUUUGUCAAAGAAGAGGAAAAUUCGUGAUUAUUUGUUUGAAGAUGCAGAAGAAGGCUGUUUGAAGCCAAGGAAAUUUAUGUCAGAGGUACAAGUAUUGGAUGACCUCUCCAUGAAAUCCUUGUAGGAAAAAGGGUUAUAUAUAUAGAUAAGUAUAUAUAUAAACAUUCAUGUAUUUAGGUGUUCGAUAUGUAUAUGUAGUCAAUAUUUGUCUUGUAUAUUUGUAAAUUAGAUUUUAAUGAUAAUUUUUUCUUCUUUCUC